GUAGUCAGCCGCAGUCGGCCAUUCGCAAUUGUAAUUUGCUGAAAGGCAGGCUCGCGUUCCGCGUGAUAAUUCUGACUUUUUUCAAUCGCAACUCGUACACCCGAUAUUACAAGGUUCACAAUAUGUCAGUGUAUGCAACCUAGCAGUUUCUCAUAUCGCAAACGAAUGUUUUGUCUUGUAUUACUCAGUCAAAAGUCCCUCGCCAGUGAACUCGACAACUGGUCUCGACGCGGAAAAAUAUCGUUUUCCUCCAAAUCUUAUUGACUGAUUUUUGGGAACUAGUCACCGAAAACUUCCAUCAUUCCGUCAUCAAUCAAGAGCCAACCCGUAGGGUGGCAAUCUUCUGUUAAGGGUUGUAUCUGCGAUAGGCUGGUUGGCCAGUCUCCUGGUGGACCACUGAUCAGCAGCGGGAACUGGAAAUUGGCAUUGAACGCAGAGCCCCCGUGGCUUUGCUAGCACCUCUUUGCCGACUACAAUCACGUUUUAACCUGCUUCCUGACGAAACUUCCGUCUCUCAUUGACAGCUGCCUCAUUGCUGCCUAGCACCUACAGAGCUCCGUAUUAUUCAGCAAGCUUCCCUCAUUAUCAAUAAAUUCAGAGUCAUGAAGGUCUCCAAUUUGGACGAACGCAUUCACGUUCUGGAUAGUUCUGCUAACGUUAUGACUGUCAUCAGAGACAUCAGCAAUAGCGGUGUGCAAGAAGAAGCCUUUUAUGUACUCGACAUCGGAGACAUUGUUCGCAAGCAUCAAAUUUGGAAAGAAAAGUUGCCUCGGGUCGAUCCAUACUAUGCUGUAAAAUGCAACGACAACCUUACAGUUCUUGAAGUGCUCGCCGCACUUGGUGUUGGAUUUGAUUGUGCGUCAAAGUCUGAGAUCAAUAAGGUAUUGGGCGUUGGCGUGGACUCUUCUCGAAUCAUUUUUGCCAAUCCAGCCAAACCUGCUUCUCAUAUUCGCCAUGCUGCGGCAAUGGGUGUUGAUAUUAUGACUGCCGAUAACGAGACAGAACUUCACAAGAUUAAAAAGCUCCAUCCAAUUUCCAAGGUGGUGAUUCGUAUCCGUUGCGACGCUGAAGUUGCUCAAUGCAUUCUGGGUAAGAAAUUUGGCUGCGAUCCAACUCACGAAGCUCCAAAGCUUCUUCAUAUCGCCCGCAUACUGGGAUUGAAUGUGGUGGGCAUCAGCUUUCACGUGGGAUCCGGUUGUGAAGAUCCUCCCGUUUUCCAGAGAGCCAUACGACACGCCAGGGCUCUCUUCGACUUGGCUUUCGAUCUUGGCUUUAAGCCAUACUUACUUGAUCUCGGAGGUGGUUAUCCAGGAUCCACAGGAACUUCCAUCGAUAAAAUUGCUGAAGUCAUAAACGAGGCAUUGGUGGAAUGCUUCCCAACCGAAGAUGUCCACGUUAUUGCUGAACCUGGUCGCUUCUACGUCGCUUCUGCUUUUACACUGGCAACAAGCAUCCACAGCAAGCGUUACGUGCGCCAAGAUCCAACAUCACCAAAUACCGUCACACAUGUAAUGUAUUACAUCAACGACGGAGUCUACGGUUCUUUCAACUGCCUUUUGUACGAUCAUCAACGUGUCACUCCUCUUCCACUCAAGAAAGCCUGCGGUAAGAUGAUUCAGUCGAGCAUUUGGGGACCAACAUGCGAUAGCCUUGACCAAGUUGUUGAAAACAUGUUACUGCAAGAUAUGGAUCUGGGAGAAUGGAUCAUUUUUGAAAAUAUGGGUGCAUAUACUUUGCCUGUCGCAUCUCCAUUUAAUGGAUUUCCCGUGCCUAAGGUCCACGUUGUUGCAGAUGAAAGCAUUUGGCUCCUGCUCAAGGAUGCAUUUCCUCUCACCGAAGAUCACUUUGUUAUUGGCAACACACCGGCUAAUCUACGGCUUGGUCUUGAUAUCGGUGGCACAAAUAUGGAUAACUGGAACAAUUCGGCGAUCGACUUGGCUCCGGCAGAAAUAUUGGCUGCAUCUCCCGCUGCUACAGCUUCCUUCUUAUACGAUUACGUCGACGUCGAUGCAAUUGAUUAAAAAAGAAUAAGAAAAAUAAUUCUAAUCUAAAGACUCGUUCAAUACCGUUCGAAGCUACAUAACAAACAACGGCGUGAUCAAAUGGUUAUUGAGUAUCUAUCGCAUCGUCAUAUUCAUGACGCUAAUGUAAUGGUUUCUCAUGUAAUUACCUGUAAAACACAAGUUAUUCCGUAACUAAAAACUUUCACAAUCAAUUUUGUACCAAUUAUAGAACAAGUGGUUGACUAGCUGAAGUGAACGAUACUUAUUUAUUUAUUUAUUUUUUUUUAUUCAAGUACAGUUGAUACAGCUAAUUUAAUUGAGCAUCGGCGGUAUGGAUAAAUUGCGAGCUAAAUUACUUGUGUCGUUUUACUACUUUGAAAUUCCGCAAUUUACAGCUUUCAAACGAGUCUUUAAAUAAUGAUUCCAGGUAGAGUGUUUGAUCUUUCAAGUGCAAUAGGCAGGCAAACCUGAUUAGC